AAAUAUAUGAACUUGAAUUUCUACCUCUUUUAUAUGACGAGAGGUUAGCGGGAAAGUGCGGAUUUUUUCUCGCUCCCUCAUGGAAGCUUUCCGAAAGCUUGAGAAAAUUGGAGAAGGAACAUACGGCGUUGUCUAUAAAGCAAAAGAUAUCGAAACAGGACAAACGGUCGCUUUGAAAAAGAUUCGGUUAGAUGCGGAAUCUGAUGGAGUUCCAAGCACAGCAAUAAGGGAAAUUUCUUUACUCAAAGAACUAAAUCACCCAAAUGUGGUGAGAUUGUUGGAUGUGGUUCCCAGUGAAAAGAAGCUCUUCAUGGUGUUUGAGUUCCUUGAUAGAGACCUUAAAAAAUACAUGGACUCAGUACCUGCUGGUGGAAUUUCACUACCUUUAGUCAAGAGCUACCUCUAUCAGUUGUUAAGUGGUAUUGCAUUCUGUCACUCACACCGAAUCCUACACAGAGAUCUAAAGCCACAGAAUCUUCUUAUAGACGCUCAUGGAUCCAUAAAGCUGGCAGAUUUUGGUCUUGCUAGAGCUUUUGGAGUACCAGUUAGAUCUUAUACACAUGAAGUAGUAACCCUGUGGUAUAGGGCACCUGAAAUUCUCUUGGGUUGCCGUUAUUACUCCACCCCCGUAGAUGUGUGGAGUAUUGGAUGUAUAUUUGCCGAAAUGAUAACCAGAAGAGCUCUUUUCCCUGGAGACUCAGAAAUUGAUCAGCUAUAUCGAAUUUUUAGAACAUUAGGAACUCCAGAUGAGAGACUAUGGCCAGGAGUAUCUGAGCUCCCUGAUUAUAAAACAUCUUUUCCCAAAUGGCCUGUGCAAAAUCUUCUCCAAGUUAUUCCUGCUUUAGGUCAAUCAGGUGCUGAUUUAUUACAGCAAAUGCUUAAAUAUGAACCAACAAGUCGCAUAUCAGCCAGGAAUGCUCUAAGUCAUCCUUUCUUUAGUGAUGUAAGAAGAAGUGCACCAAAAUCAUGAACCACUUUCAAGGUUCUCCAUCUUCCCCACUUCCAUAACUAGAGGAUGACAGAAUAACUAUUUAUAACUAAAAAAGUGUUUAUAAAUGUCACACAAACUUGUUCCUGGAGCUCAAUACUCAUGGAACUCACCCAAACAGCAUGGUGGCCAUAGUUUUGUGCUAUUUCAGAUAAGGCACUUUUCUUCUACUCUCAUUACAAUAUUGUCACAAGAACAUCAUUUUAAAAACUGCAGUAGAAAUGCAGUUUCCAUACUUCUUUCUUUACAAGAUGAAUUAGAAUUAUUGCAAAGAAAUGGCUUAGAGUCAGCUAUAUUUUAAAGCCACUUCAAAUGCUGGUGCUUUUAAAUUUACUAUUUUGUGGAAUUUCUGGUCAUUAGCUUUACAUUACUCAUUGUAAAUACUUGUACUCGUGUGCCUGUUGUACUGUAGAUACAUGAUACCUUAAGAUGAAAUGUUUCCAUUGUAUUACUUAAUUUAAAGUACUGAUGAAAGGCACUAACAGGAGUGCAAAUAUUUGAAAGAAAAUUGUACAUGUAU